GGAUCCAGAUCUUAUUGUCUUCUCGGGGGACAACAUUGACUGGUCGUCUUCAGACGCCAUUGCUUCUAUGAAACUCGGUUUCGGACCAGCUAUCGAGUCUGGCAAACCCUGGGCAGCAAUUUUGGGGAACCAUGACGAGGAGGCAGAUCUCGACCGGCUUGGUCUAAUGUCGUACAUUGCCGGGAUGCCAUUCUCUUACUCUAAGCUAAAUCCUUCCUGUGUGGUUGCUGAAGAUUGUGACCCUGUGAAGGGGCAGUUCAUCGUGAACGGAAGGAACGUAAGUCGGGACUUUCGCUCAUGCGUCUCGAACAUCGAACCAAGUGCAAAUGCCACCAAGGAUGAUGGCGAUGGCGACAAUGACUCGAUUCUCUUUCAGUGUAAUGUUGAUGAUGCGACAAUCAUCAUGGGAGGGGUUAAUGGGCUGCCCAUUGUAGAGGGAUGGGGCAAUUACCACCUGGAAAUCAAGGGUCCUGAGGGGUCAGCCAUUGAAAAUGACACUGCAUUGGUUUUGUACCUCCUAGAUACAGGAGAUAAGUCGAAGCUGGACAACAGAGUCCAAUCAGCAGGAAAGGAUGAUGUCCCUCCCGCCUUGGCGUUUUUCCACAUCCCUGUACCGGAGUACAAGCAGGUCGCCCACACGAGGACGAUAAGUGGAACCUGGCAAGAGGAGAUCUGUUCACCGGAUGUUAAUUCUGGCUUCUUCACCGCCAUGUUGGAGGCUGGCCAUAUCAAAGCAGGUUUUGUUGGUCAUGAUCACGUCAAUGACUUCUGCGGGACUUUGCAUGGGCUGCGGCUUUGCUAUGCUGGAGGAGCAGGAUAUCACGGAUAUGGAAAGCUUGGCUGGGAUCGGCGCGCACGCGUUGUGCAGGUGGUAAUGAGCAACGAGGAGGGGAAGAAGAUGGGUGUCAAUCCUGCUGGUCAUCAGAGCAUGUCGGCUGGCACGCUAAAAGUUCGGCAGAUGUGGACGUGGAAGCGACUGGACGACGGGUAUGGAAGGAAAUGGAUGACUGAGAAGGAUAGAGAACUGCUCUGGGAGCUUGGCAGGCCAACAGAAGAUGGCAAAUUUCCUGUCUUUUUCCUGCCGUGCAUGGUGUAUCAAAUUGCCACCUCCAUUUUCACGAUCAUCUUCUUGUGUCUUCUCGUACGGAUGAUGUGUGUAAAGUACAGGAAUCGACGCAAUCGACAGACAGGGGAUUACGUACUCGCAUCAACCAUGUUAGACAAUGACAUGGUGCAUGUUUUACCCCAGUGGAGGGAAUCAGAAAUUACAGGGAGACAGGAGAGGGAAGGGUCUGAAUUGUGAAAUUUCCACAGGCAAUGAAUGACCCACACAGUC